UGGCAGUGACGUUGUAGUGAGUUUACUCGCUUGCAUGAGAGGAUCACGAGACUGUUUAAAAGCGCACGGACACACACACACACAAGCGCUUGUAAGAACUGUACAUACAUACAUGCAAACAUACACAAAAACGCACUAUAACACUGCUAAGAAAAAUCCUGGACACGAGAUGGGCUUCCUAUUCGUGGUACAACUUAUCAGGAGGUAGUAAUUGUUUGGAAAGCACGCUGCAGUAGUAACUUUAGAUGAGCACUAUUGCGUCAAACCGAAUUAAAGAUAAUUUAUUUUAUAACUUGCGCACGACAACCACAAACAGAUGCACACCUUUCAGAAACCAGGGGAGCAAAACUGGCUUUUCUUCGUUUUCUUUUUUAACGCGCAGUUUUGUUUUUUUUUUAAAUGUAAAUUUGUGCAAAAUAACAUGCUUUAAAUAUCUGGACCUUGUAAGAUGAUUUAUUUUAAGAGAACAAAUUUAGGAUUUGAUUAUGUUGCUGUAAAGUAUGUUUUUAAUUCCAAACGAGUAUGCAGCUAGGCUGACUGAAGAAGCACCUGACAGGAGGUGAGCGCACCAAGAAGUCUGUUUCAACAAGCUUCAUUAGAACACACCACAAAACUUCACGUAACGGAAUUCAACUUGUCAAAUGUACAAAUGGGGGAAUGGCAUCGGCAAGCUCUUUUGCAAACCCAACAUAAAAGUAAACAUUAAGUUCGAAGUAAAAUAAUCUAGUUAUAUUUUUUUAUUUAUUUUCUUCGAAUUGUUGCUUUCUCUUUCGACAAGAGAAACUUCACUUUGUAUCAUGCGAAGUAGUCGAUUAUUUUUCAUGAUUUUAACAGCUGUGUUUUUAGCUGAGCUGGAGCUUACCUUCGAAAAAUCACCCCCGGGUAUUAUUCUUAAUAACAGAAAUACACCUAAUCCUGCUAAUGGCAACACUAAAAAAGACGACAAUCAGACUUACAUGUCUCGACUUAAGAGGAAAAAUCUGGCUGUGGAUUUUGCCAUCCCAGCUCUCUUCCGAACCUACUUGUCAGAGCUGAUGAAGCGCCCAUUGAACAGCGAUUGUCAGACUUACAAUUCGUGCUAUACGGUGCGAUCCAGCUUGAGAAUGCGGUGCCAGCCUCUACAAAGGACUGUCUGUACUUUACUGGAGACCAAAUCCAAUGAGCCAAAAAGUCUCGAGACAGACAACUCCACCGGCGCUGGACAGCUCCCCUAUAAACGCAAGCGGCCGCCGUCCAAGGUUCUGAAUUUAGGUUUGAGCAAACCCAGCAGGAAAUCUAACCAGAUUGUGGUUGAGAUAGGGGACACAGACGUCCGUGCCGGUUGUGGUAGCUUAGCAUCUGAAGAGGAUGCCUCCGUAGUUUUCCUGAAGAUGGACCUUUCUCGGGUGGUGGACAGGUGGUUGGGUGCCGAGGGGGGUCGGCUGAGAGUCCGGCUUAUGCCCGAGAGAAGAGCACAAGUCCCGGAGAGGGGGGAUAACUUUUCUGCAGCAAUCAGGGCAGCAGAUCCCCGUCUCUUUCUUCAAAUCACUUCUCAUGGAUACAAGCAAACCGAACCCGGCACCAAGAACAACUCCCUCUCAGGCCAAGCAACCCCCCAAGGCCCACCUUCCAACCACUCAGAUAGAGGGAGAGACCACAUCCCACACCCACACCUCCGUGUCACUGCCAUGAUUGACAGGCGGAUCUUAUGA